UUCAGAGGCCCGGUUCUAAUGGUUCUAACGGUCCUCCUGGUGCUCAGAGGUUCAGUGUGCUGCUGCUGCCCCCUGCAGGACAGAGUGAGAACUGAAGUCAGUCUCAGGUCAGUCUGCUUCAUCAUUCAUCGUCUGUCCUGAUGACGUCUGUGAGGACAGAAACUUUAAAGAUGUCCGUCUGUGGUUCUGACCUGUCUGUGGUUCUGACCGUCUGUGGUUCUGACCGUCUGUGGUUCUGACCCGUCUGUGGUUCUGACUGCAGCAGGUCCAUUAGAGAGUUCUGGAGCGAUCACUGAAGACAGUUUUGGACUCUGGAGUUGAAAAGAUCUGCACUCUUUACCUCUAGGUUAUAGAUCUGUAACUAGAACUGAUGAUAGAUGUAGUUAUUGAUCUAGUUAUAGAUAUAUAAGCUAUAGAUCUGUAGUUAUAGAUCUACAACUAGAUGUAAUGACUGAUGUAGUAAUUAAGUUAUAGAUAUAUAAGUUAUAAGCUAGAUCUAUGACUAGAUCUAGUUAUAGAUCUAUAACUAUAGAUCUGUAAAUAGAUCUAGUCAUAGAUGUGUACCUCAAAGUCAUAGAUCUAGUUCUAGAUUUACAACUAGAUCUAAUUAUAUAUCUAGAACUCAAAGUCAUAGAUGUGUACCUCAGAGUUAUAGAUCUGUUAUAGAUCUAGAAUCGGGCAGAUGUCUCAUGUCGGUGACCUUUGAUCCUCUGAACUCCUCGACCUUGUUUUUUAAUUUUUGUACUUUUUUUCAGACUCUCAGAUUAACAGAAACGUCGAUCUUUAAAUGUUUGAAUUGAUUUUAUUUCGUCACAGAAAAACAGAAAAACAGAUUUUUAUAGAUUUUUUUAACGACACAGAACUCGAACAGAUAGAUCCGUUCUCCUGAAGCUUCACUCAGACUCUGUUUUCACCUCAUGUCUGAUCUUUUCUCUUCAUCAUCAUCAUCAUCUCUGGACCAGAACCUCCUCAGAAGAACCUGAAUGUUGGUUCUGAAGGUGACCCGGUUCUGAAUGAAGCUUCAGUCGGUCUUAACUCUACCCAGUGUAGGGAAACUUGAGGAGCGCGGCCUGACCGGGGCCGAGCCACACCUUCUUCAGGUCCACGCUGCUGUCGGCGGGCAGAGCGCUGCUGUUGGUGCUGAGGACGACCGCCGCCUGCUGAGGAAGCUCCGCCCCGCUCAGCUGCAGCACCGCCGGCUCCUCCGCCCAGUUAAACGCCGCCACGUAGCGCUGACUCUGAUCCCAGACGCGCAGGUACGCCAGCGAGGAGGAGGAGUUAGAGAGGAGCAGGAAGUCCCCGAACAGCAGGGAGCGCUCUUUCCCCCGCAGGUUACUGAGAGUGCAGAAGAAGUCUCGAGUGGACAGACGCUCGGCGCGCUCCUCCUGAGGAGACGGACAGAUGAUCAGAACCGACACCGACUCUGAAACACUGAACGGUGGCGGUGUGGCGGUACGGUGGCCCUGAAGGUCAACGCCACAAACUCUUCUAACAGACGCCAAAAACAAAAAAACAAAGUCUUAUGAACUGACGCGGCGCUGAACCUUCAGGGCCUCCGUAGUUCACCUGCUUACCUGUAGAGUCCCGUUCAGCUGCUCGUCAGAGUCCCAAAGCAUUCUGGGAAACAUGGUGCCCUUUAACAGAGACAGUUCAAAGGUCAGUCAGACAGCGAGGAGGUUAAUCGGCGUUAAUUAAUAAUCAUGACUGAGACGUUGAAUCAUUCAGGAAAUCAGAACAAGAGUCGCCCCCUACAGGAAGUGAGAGGAACUGCAGUGAGGUGGAUCGUGUUUUAAUUAAUUUUAAUGAAUUUUAAAAUAUUUUAAAUCAAACAGUCGUCACGUGGAUGUUGGUAAAAACUGAAGAAAGAAGAACGUGAAUUCACAGAAAAAUGACGAAAAACACGUUCAAACGAAAAAAACAUUCAAAAUGUUUCGACAAAAAUUUUAAUUAUUUUUUAAUAAUUAGAAAAGUAGAAAUCUAAAGUCACACUUUUGUAAAGAUCUGUAGUUCCCGGUAACAAAAUAGACAAAUUAAAAAAAAAACAUUUAUUCAUCUUUUUUAUAUCUAUAUUUUCUGUCAGUCUUUCAGGGAUUAAAGGUCCCCUGAACAAAAAAUAAGAAGCAUUUUUAAAUGUUUUUUAAAUAUUUCCCCCAAAAAUUUCUGAAACUUUUUGAAAAUUAAACACAUAAAAACAUAAAAAUAUGAAAAAAGUGAAUUUUUAAAAAUUUUAUCGAAGUGAAACUCAAAGACGUCGGUAACUUCGCUUUACAGAAAAAUGACGAAAUAACAAAAAAAAGUUCAAAAUGUCUUAAACUAUUUUUUAAUAUUUAUAAGAAGUAUUUAUCUAAUCAAUAUUUUAUUUAUAAAAGCAAAUGUUUUAUUUCAUUUUAAUUUUUUUCAUUUUAUUCUUAUUUUUGAACGUGUGAAACAACAAAAAUAAACUGAAAACAAACAAAACUAGUGAGAAUAUUCAAAACAACAACAACGAUAAUCUAAACAAAAAAGUUAAAAUUAAAAUUAAAUUAAAAAAAAAUUCACUAAAAGUUACCAGAUAAAAAUAUAAAAAUCUAAAAAAGUUCAUUUUAAAAAUUAAAUCAGACUGAAACUCGAACUCGUCGGCGCUCCGUCUCACCUCGUCCAUCAGUCCGAUCUCGUCGCCGUAGUUGACCACCGGCGUCCCCGGCAGCGUCAGCAGCAGCAGCAGGUUCAGCCGGACCAGAGCCGGGCCCACCAGUGACGCCAGGUGACCCUGGUCCCGCCCCCCCAGGCUCCACGUCAGCUCGCUCUGAUUGUGGGACGAGUACAGCAGCUGGACGGACUGAGCGUGCUCCAUGGCGUCUGUGCUGCCCGGACGGAGGACCCUGGAGACCAGCAGGUCGACCCCGGUGGAGGAGAGGAGGGCGGAGACGUCUUCAGGCGUGGAGCGCUCGGUGACGCCCAUCAGGACCCUGAAAAAACAAACGGAAACGUCUUUUCAGGAGGAUCCAUGAGACCCGGUUUGACCCGACCUGGUCCACCUAAACGGUUCUGACCUCUUCUGGGACUGCUGCUCCGUCCCGUUCUGGACGAUGGCCCGGAUGUCGGCCCACAAAGACGGCACCACGGUAGAAACACGCUCCACCCCCGACAGCUGCACGCCGUCCACGCCCAGAUCCAACCAGAACACCAGAGCGGACUGAGACAGAGAGAGAGGGUCAGAGACGGCGGCCCCUGCUGCCCCGCCCACAGCCCCGCCCACCAUCAGGACAGACUCACCUUCAGCCUCUCGGCCACGCCGGUCACACUGGUGUUGGAGAACCAGGGUCCAGAUGAUCCCUGAUAGUUCGGAGUCAGAUCCAGAACCACAGAAAGACCUGCAGAGACCCAAAACCCAGAGAGUCAGAGAGUCCUGAAGGACCUCAGAGACCCCCCCCCCCAGGUCCACUCAGGUCCACUCAGGUCCACUCAGGACCGGCUCCUCACCUUUCUUGUGGGCCGCCUGGACCAGACCUUUGAACUGCUCCAGGUUCCCGUUCUCCGGAGAGACCUCCUCGAACCUCAGACCCAGAACGUCAUCUGCAGGAGCGACGUGGAGCGGACCCAGAACCAGACCCCGGACCUUCAGCUGAGACAGAGCGCCGACCUUCUGCUCCACACCUGAACCGAGGGGGCGGGGUUAUUGAUUAUUUCAUAUAUAAUAAAAUAGAACAGUAUAGAACAGAACAGACUAGAUGUCCUGGAUUUGACCCCUGACCCCGUCGUCCCGCUCGCUCUGACACUCUGACUCAGCAGAAGUCUGGGACCUGAUUGGACGUUUUUAAGGUUUCGUUUCCUGAACAGACGCUUGGUCAGCAGAGGGACUCAGACCGGGUCUUCCGGUCCCCCUGGUCCUCACAUCUGUGGUUCUUUCUCACCCUUCAGGUUCCGGGUCUCGGUGAAGGCCUGGAUGUUCCCGAUCCGGUACAGCGGGCCGUCGUUCCACCAGUUGGUGGGGGGGAGGUCUCUGCAGCGAGGCGCCCGCAGGAUGAUGAGGACGGCGCCAGCUAACAUCCCCAACCAACCGAGCCAGAACACCACCAACAGGGCCCAACGGGUCCGAACCCACCUGAGGACACACACAGGAGUCUGAGUGAUCUAUAUCUACGUUUUUCUCAGAGUCUGAGUGAUCUAUAUCUACGUUAGGAGGAGGUUCACUGAGGUUAGACUGCCCCCUGAUGGACAGUAGAGAGACUGCAGGUUUAAACUCCUCAGUGUUUUCAUCUCUUUACUCUUUAAUGAUUCAGACAUCUACACUGAUACUGUCUAUGUUCUGGGUCAGAGGGGCCUGUCUAAUUCCUGGACUGUUGUUAUAUUAGUGUGUGAAAAAGACUCAGACUAACUGCAGUAAAACACACAGUCAGGGUGAGUACUGUGAGUAUAAUUACUGCGUGUGUGUAUAUUGUGCAUAUCGUGUAUUUUGUGUGUAUAUUGUGUGUAUUGUGUGUAUUGUGUAUAUUGUGUAGUGUAUUGUGUGUAUAUUGUGUAUAUAUUGUGUGUAUUUCGGGGCCUUGUCUCCCCCUCUCUCUCUCUCUCUCUCUCUCUCUCUCUCUCUCUCUCUCUCUCUCUCUCUCUCUCUCUCUCUCACCCCGGGGUUCCCGCCACCCUCAGCAGCUCCUCUUUGGUCAGUCCGGUAAAUUUCACCUCCUCCUCCCCCUCCUCUUCCUCGGGGAUCUUCAGCUUCACGGCUCCGUUUUUCUCCGCCGCUCCUCCUCCUCCUCCUCCUCCUCCCGCACACGGAGCUCCAUCCCCCCGGUCUCCUCCUGCUCCUCCUCCUCCUCCCCCGGUCAUGGGGAGCUUCUCCUGCUCCUCCUGGUCCAGGUCGGCCUCACUAACGUCGGCUUCGGUGGCGUCGGUAUCCGCGGGGAUCUGGGCGGGGACCUCCGCAUCCUUCUGCUCCUCAGCAUCUCUGCUCCUCCCGGCCUCCUGCAGCUCCACCUGCGUCUCCUCCGUGUUCAUACCGGAGAUUCUCCGAUUAACCGACAAACAACCGAAUCAAACAAACAGACGACCGUGUGAAACAGAGAGCAGCUGACCGACACCCUGAUCUCUGUCUGUGUGUGUCUGUGUGUGUCUGUGUGUCCGACCACUGCAGCAGAGAAUGGUGAUGCUUUCACUGCCGUCGGAAAUAUGAGAACUGCAGUGAUGAGUCCGUGAACGCCUCACAGAGUCUGACUUCAGUCAAAAUCAAACAUGUAGAAUUUAAAGUUAAAAUAAUAAAGAUCAAAGGAAACACUUUAAUGCCUGAAACCAGAAAUUAUGGACAGAAAAUUCAUAUUUUUGAAGCUGAAAUGUUUAUUUCACAAAAAAUCAAAAUGUCCUUAAAAUUUCACAAAUAUAUUUAUUUCUCUUGUUUGAUACAUUUACUGUUUAUAGACACUGAUAAACUAAAAUAGGACAUUCUUAUCAUUUAUCAGACUGUAUUCUGGUGUUUUUUUUUUAGUAAUUUGUUGAUCAUAUUGAUUUGAUAGAAGUUUAUAAAAGUAUGAAUCAAAUACGAUAAAAAAGGCAAUAAAGGGUUUUAAAAAAACCUCUGAUAACACGUAGAAAACUCUUUCAAAAUAAAACUUUUACAAACUAAAAUAAAGUCUACACUGAAGAGAGAGAGACACGUUAUAAUGACACUAAACUAUAAUAGAACUUUUUCAAUUAUACGUAAAUAUAAAUGAUUCAAAGUCAAUUUUAUUUUGAUGGAACUUUUCAGACAAAGAUGUAGUUUCAAAGUUCCUCACAGAGGCUAAAAAACAACAAUUAAACAACAAUAAAACAACAAUAACACCUGACCCUCACACCCACAUACUCACCCAUGGACCCACAGACACACACCCUCCCUCACUCACAAACACAGACAGAGUGAGAAUUUAAGAUAUAUUGUUAAAGAGACAUGACCUGACACCGAUAAAUAAAAUUAAAAUUAAAUAAAAUAAAUAUAUAUAAAUAAAUUGAAAAAAUAAAUCAAUAAACAAAUAAAAUUAAAAAACAGAAACAUAAAAUAAAUAAAACAAAUAAAAAUAAAAUAAAUCUGUUAAUUUAAAAUAAAUAAGUAGAUAAGAUAAUAUGAUAAAUAAGAACAUAAGACUCUAUAUUCCUCCUGACCCUGACAGACUCAGAUUCCUGCUGAGAGAAGAAGAACCACAACAAGCCUUCAUACCUGACUACACAGAGAAACACCCUCAGCAGGCAUGUGUCGGACCGACCACACCCCCAAAACUCUCUCAUCUGCAGGUGAAAACUCUGUCUCACCUGUCUGGAAAUGGGCGUGGCCUCUGCUCCACCUUCAGAUCUGAACACCUCCUUCAUCACCUGUUUGAGUCGAGACAGGUGCAGGAGGGAGAUCAUCCUGACACACCGGUUUUUCAGAUUGCCGGGUACAUCCUGGACCUUUGACCUUUAGAGUUAGGGUCAGCAGAAAGUGUCACACCUGAGUGUGAGACCACAGAAAGAGGUCUGCAGGUAGAACUCAUCAUCGUCCAUCAUUUAGACUCUUAAACAUCAAUAAACAUCGUCUCUGUUGUUCUGAAAUUUACUCUUUCACAUUAUUUUAGUAUACAGAGACUGCAGUUCCCAGUUUGACCACUAGAGGCCAGACAACCGCGUAACCAGAGACAGGUGUGCGGACCUCUCUGAAGACUUCUCAGCAGAAUCGAAACUGACGGAGUCUGGUCUCAGAGGUGGUGGAGUUGUUGUUGGUCUUCUUCUUCUUCUCCUCAUCAGCUGGUUGGUGGAGAUGUUCCUGCUGUGUGUGAUCCUCCUCGGACACGGUGAGGAGUUCAGAUCUUUACAGAUGAAGAAGAAGAAAAAACUGGUUUAGUCCGUUUAGUUUCUCCACUGAUCUGUUUUAGGAGUUCGAGGUAGACCGUGUUCAUCGCGCUUAUAUAACUAUAAUUAUAAACCACAGAGACUUCAGAGAGACCUGUAACUAUACAGACCGAGUUUAAUAAACAGACUGAGUUUAAUAUACAGAGACUUAGAUUCAUAAAGAUGAAGUUAAAACGAGACUGUCUGUAGGUCAGAAUAGAAAAGUUAUUAGAAUGUCAAAAAAGUUCAUUUUUCUCCAGACUUAAAUUCAAAAAGUGAAACUUCCACAUAUUUUCGAUUCAAACAGUUAAAUCUUCAGAGACUCUAUUUCUUUGACGAUUACAUUGUGGAAAAGUCCAGGUUCUUAUCAGGUUUUCAGUCUGUUUUCACUAUUUAUUAUGUGUAUGUAAGAAUAUAUAUCUUUUUAUCUGUACUUUUAUUUAUUUGGUUUUUAUACCACUACCACUCUACCUCCAGAAAGUGCAAUAUCACUCACCAUGCUGCUAUUGUACCCUUAGUUUUUAUUUAUUCUUAUUAUUUAUUUUGUCUGUAUAUUAAAGUGACAAUCCAGCAUAAAAUUAAUUUAGGGUCAAACCCACUGUAACACCGAGUUAGACCCCCCCUCCAGAGAUGAAUGUUGUCGACCGCUUCCUUCUCUAGUUAUACCAACUUUAGUAACGACCGCAGGAUAGAAAUACAGAGAGCCACGCCCCCAACCAAAACGCCACUCUAUAGCCACAAAUAAUGCUCAGAACAACACCUAACUUCAUCAACAGGACAUAUAGGGUCACAGACAUAGUACUAGAGAGACCUCAGGCCAGUCCAUUACAGACUACAGCGGGGUGCCGCAGCUCAAGGAAGAACAUUUAUGAUCAUUUCUUCAUGGAAAUACAAUCAGACCGAGACGCUAAGACAGAAGAACUACCGCGUCUGUAAAAUGUUUAAUAUGGUGAUUAUUACUUCAAGGAAAUGAUAAAGAAAUGGUCAUAAAUGUUCUUCCUUGAGCAGCGGCACCCCGCUGUAGUCUGUAAUGGACUGGCCUGAGGUCUCUGUACAAACAAGCGUCUGCUGGAAGAGAGUAGGUGAGUUGUGUUUAGUCUCUUUGCUAAAGAAAUGAGUCAAAGUUAAAAAGAUGUUUGGUGUCUAGUACUAUGUCUGUGACCCUAUAUGUACUAACCUCAGUAGAACAUGGUGUAGUUCCGUUCAGUAACAGAACCUCAUUGGAAAAUUAGCUGAUUUAACUUUACUGUGCUCUUGUUCAAAUAUAUUAACUCAACAGCACAUAAAUCCAUACCUGUUAACAAAAUCAUGAUUUUAUUGAUAAUUCGGCUCAAUAAAAACACCUUUACCUUUUCAUUUUACUACAGUAGAAGUUUAUUGGCCCUUGUGUUACGGUGGGUUUGACCCUAAAUUAAUUUUACACCAGAAUAUCCCUUUAAUACAGGAAGUCCUCCAAAAGUAGCGCCGACUGAGAGCUAAGAUCAGAAUCAACAUUAAUUUACACCAAAUCGAGGUUUUCCUCUUUACGGUGUUUCUUCCCCUCAUGUCCUCACAGUUUCCCAGCAUGCCUUGGGUGAAGAGGUGACUGAGUGGGUGUAUGAGGGUCAGAAGUCUGUCAGUCUGCCCUGCACCAUACCUGGAGGGUUUGGAGACAUCACCUCUGUGGUGUGGAGCCGCUUUGAUCUGGAUCCCGCCAUCAUCCAGCAGCACGGGACCGAGGACCCGAAUCCGAACGUCCAGUACAGCGGCCGGACAUCCCUGUCAGCUGACUUCAUCGGGUUCUUCUACAGAGACUUGACCCUCACUAUAGACAAACCCCGCAUCUCUGACAGCGGCACCUACACCUGCACCGUCCACAGCACCAAACACGGGAUUUUGCGCAAGAACGUGGACUUACAGGUCACGAGUAAGUGAGAGAGUCUGAACUUCACGAGGUUUAAACCUCAAGAGUCUCUAAAGCUCAUUUCUGACGGUGUCCACAGAACCGUACACGGUCCUCAUCAAGGUCUGGGUGGUCCUGAGUCUACUGUUUGUUGUGGCCGGAGCCGUCGUUGUUGCUGUGGGUCUCGCCGUGUUUCUGUGGGAAAAGACCAUCUCAGGUUUGUGUGUCUGUGUGUGUGUGUGUGUGGUCCAAAGGUGUGUCCAAAUAUGAAACAAGGUGACUUGACAGAUCCUGGAUUAAGACGUUUCACUAACCUUAACCCAUGAAGUGUUGUUUAAGAUCCUCUAAGACAGAUCUACACACUGAAAAAUGUUGGGAUGUUUUUUCAGGUUGAGCCUGUUGGUCCGUUUAUUUGGGUUAUUUCUAAUCAAUGAAUGACUUUGUGAGGUGGAGGAAAGAAACAACGUCCUGUUCUGUUUACUUUGAACUGAUAAGAAACCCGUAGAAAAAGAAAAACUGCUGAAUGUUUACAAACUCUAAAACUCUGAAGGGGCGGCAGCAGCUCAGGAGGUAGAGCGGUCGUCCAAUGACCGGCAGGUUGGCGGUUCGAUUCCCCCCUAUCCCAAGUUUGUCUGUUGUGUCCUUGGGCAAGAUACCUCCCUCCCAGUGUGUGUCCUCCUCUGGUGUGUGAUUGUGAGUGUUGUGUGGUGGUGGACGGAGACUCCGUAGGUGUGAACUUACCCCAGGUCAGCUGUGACUACUAAGGUAGUCUACCACCACCAUGAGGGCGUGACUGUGUCAGUGAUAAAGCGCUUUAUGAAAUCUGAAGCUUUAAUGUAAUUUAAUGUUUUAAUAAAAACCCAACAUGUUGGGUUUAAAGAACCCGAUCGUUGGGUGACGUGAACCGACCCAAAUGGUUUGAACAGGUAGAUGUUCUAACCUGCACCAGGCUCUAGGUCUGCUGCACCUCCACCGGUGCCCAUUCUGCUGGCUGCAGGGACCUUCACUCCUGGAUGUUUCGCCCCUUAACCCGGAACAUCUCCUGGUGGCGGGGGGGGGGGGAGAACAGGGACGUCUUCCAGUCACCCCCUUCAGCUAGCCGUUCUCAGGGAUGGUCACUCCCCAUGCCUUGCCCCGCCUCCUCAGCCAGCUCCUUGGUGUCCUUGUGUAGCUCCUCGCCCCUCAGCCCUGGUUCUUUCAGUCGGUGAGUUGUUCAGCCUCCCACAAAACCCCUGGUGCCCACCCCCACUGGGAAGAGUCGUGUACGCCAACCGUUCUCCCAACACUCUGCCACGAGGUCGGUGUGUUUUGCUUCUUCCUCUCAUAGGCUCCACCCAUUCCCUCCUUCCACGGCACAGUCAGCUCCACCAGCAGCACAGACAUCUCCGCCUUGGUCCACAGCACCAUGUCCGGCUGAAAUGUACCGACCCAAACUGGGUUGUUUUUGUCCCGAUGUUUCUAAGAGAGUGAGGUUUAUGUCAGCUGAGACUCGGAUCUUCUCUAAGCGUCAUUAACUCUUCGACGGUCUCUCAGUGUCACAGGUGGAGGUGAUGGAGGGGGAGUGGCUUGUUGAACUUCCCUACAAAACCAUGGUCAAGCUGCCGGAGGACGUCACCGUGGAGUGGAGCCGCUGUGCCCCCGAGCCGAUGAGGGUCCACGUUUACCAGAACCAUGUCGUCAGUCAUGAUCAGAUGUACAGCGGACGCACCAGUAUGAAGGCGGACUGGUUAAAAACCAGGAACCUGAGUCUGACCCUGAGGGACCCCUGCUUCAGGGACAGUGGGACCUACAUCUGCUCGGUCCACAGAAACAGACAGAUCCUGGUCCAGAGAGCAGUCCGCCUGCAGGUCACAGGUCAGAACCUCCUCUUUCUAUGUUACAGAAGUUCUGAGAUGAACUCUGUAGGACCACAACUGCAGAACACGAGGUGCUGUCACUGGGUUCAGACGGACCCGUUUGGUUGUUCCUCUCACAGAACUUUGGACCCGUCCCACUCUUGCCUGUUUUAAAACCUCGCUCUAACUUUGUCCCCUCAGUGCCUGUGGAGAUCGUGGAGAUCGGGGACGGGUCCAAAACCUUCAUGCUGCCCUUCGUCACAUCAGCUCAGCUGCCUGAAGACGCCACGGUGGAGUGGAAGCGCUCUGAGCCCACAAACAUGACGGUCCACGUGUUUGAGAACGGCCAAGACCAGCCCUACAGACAGGACCAGUGUUACCAGGGCAAGACCAGGAUGAAUUCUGACCCCCUGCGGUCCAAAGACCUCAGUGUGACCAUCAGUAACUCAGGCCGCGGCGACAGUGGGACCUACAUCUGCACCGUCCGCAGGGAGGGCUACAUCCUGGCACAGAAGACGGUGCUGCAUCGGGUCAAAGGUCAGUGAUGUUGGUGCAGGUCUGAGGUCCGAGUCCCUGCUGUUUGCUGACUGGUUUUGUGGUCUGCAGGUCUGACUGAGAUGGACGUGGAGGCCGAGUACAUGUCCAAAACCGUGAAGCUGCCAUGGUUCAUCGUGGCUCAGCUCCCCGAGGACGCGUCUGUGGAGUGGAGCAUUAUGAAAGUAGGAGUCCAUAUUUACACGAAAAAGGUCCAUGUGUACCAAGACGGCCAGGACCAGCCGGACCAACAGGACCACUACUACCAAGGCCGCACCACCAUGACGAAAAACCCGCUGCAGACCGGAGAUCUGAGUCUGACCCUGAAAAACCCCACCGUACUCGACAACGGCGCCUACGUCUGUGCGGUCAAAGUGAACGGGAAAUCUGUGUGGGAGAGGAUGGUCCGGCUCAAGGUCAAAGGUCAGUACUGCUUGUAG